AUGUCUUCCCCGAAAUCCCGUGCUCAGUCUUCCUCUGUUCCAGUUCUUCCAGACUAUGUUACUGGGGCUGGAAUCGAUAGUCAUGCGAUAGAGGUUAGGAGCAAGCUCCAUCCUUUUGCCCAGAAAAACCUGGAUGAAAAUGUCCUCCAUUUAUUUGAAAACACCUUGGUGCUGGGGCCUCACUGGUUUGGCCCCGUUCCUCCCGAGAUGGCGGAGUUGAUGAAGAAGGAUGCUGAGGCCCCGCUAUGUUUCGAGAGCUCUUCUGCCCUGGCUUCUCAUUCUUGGGUCAGCAAGAAUUUGAGUCGUUCGUUCCCAUCCAGUGAGGUGAGAAAUAGUCCAAUCAAGUGGGCUGAUUGGAUUGACAGACUUCUUCCUCGAUUUGGGGCUCACUGGAAGCGGGCUGGAAUCCAUGACGCCAUUCUCCUAUCCAGGCAAUCUAUCAACAGGGAUGAGAAUCUGCUUGCUGCUGCUUUGUGCUUCUGGAACUCUGCCAGUAACACUUUUGAUUUCCGUAUAGGCCCCAUGGCUCCCACUCUGCUGGAUAUGGCCCAGAUUUUUGGUUUUAGGCCUCACGGAAGACCUGUUGAUGCCAUUGGUGAUUAUCACAGGAAGAAGGACCAGCAGAAGCUAGCCAAGCCAUUCACUAUUUCCCCAGCCUUGAUCAACCAGAAUUGCUCCUUUUCCAACUAUCUUAGAAAUUUAGUGCUGAGAAGGACAAAGAUCAGCAGCAUAUGUUGUUUCUCCUUUCUGCUUGAGUACAGACAUCUGGCAGAAGCUCUGCAUAAUCACACUGAUGUUGGCCUUGGACCUACAGUUCUGGCCCAUCUGUUCAAGAACCUGCAUACCGCUACUCUGGAGUAUCCGCUGAAUCUGUCUGCUCCUGGUGCCUUCUGGAUGAUUCAGAUCUGGCUGCAGGUCUAUUUUCCUGAGUUAAGGUAUCCAGACAUAGUUCUGCCUGAGAACCAAGUUCUGGCUCAACCGUUGCUGUCAGCAGAAGUCCCCAAGCGGUCAAUUGGUGAAUACCUGAUGAUGUUCAGGCAUUGUACCAAGAGGUCUGCAGCGCAGUGGCAGAUGGUGAUUAGGAGGACCUAUCCUUGGUUUCAGCCUGGACAUCGUCUGUUUGAGAAAGAGCCAGAAGAAGAAUCCGCCAGAACUGAUUUUAGGAAGAAGUUCUUGAGUGUGACCUUACCCAGGGAUCUGCCUCAUGGAGGGGGAAAGCCUCCAAAUUAUCAUUUGGGGGCGGAAGUCUACCAUCCCAACUUCUGUGCAAGGCAGCUUGGCUGUCCUCAGCUCAUACCCCUCAAGUCAUACAGAAGCUGCAAUCGGGGUUCUUCUUGGAGGGAUGCAGAUGACUUGGAGGUCCAUAAAGACGCCAGGUGUGCCGUGAACAAGAUUAACAACAGUGCAGAUGCCCUUUAUCCUUCCUGGGAAUUGAACUCCUGCAGUUCUGUGGAGUUUGAUGCUUGGUGGAAAGCCAGAUUCCGUGAUCUGCCUGCUUCUAGCACCGCACUUCAAGUCCUUUUUAAAGGCUGGGACAAUUGGAAUGUCCAUUCAGACGACGAGACUCACAGAUUCAUGGUGCAGACCAUCAAAGACAUCAACAUGCAAAUUAUAGAAGAAUAUAGGCAGUCAACCAGCCGAAGCGGAGAGGUGUUUGUCAAUUCUGUCAUUGCUGCUGGAGAUCUGGAGUUGCCCUCCGGGGAUGGAGAGGAGGAAGAAGGAGAAGAAGAAGAGGGAGAUCAGGCAGAACAGACUCCUGUUGAGGCCACUUCUCCCGUCAGAAGGAAAAGAAAAGAAACUGCCCAGUCUGCGGCUCCAGUUGGAGGUCCCUCUCCUCCUCUUACUAAGUCAAAAAGACUUAGAAAGAAGAUUGCAGAAGAAUACGUGGCCCCGGAGGGAACUGGGGCAGUUCCUACCACCACUUCCGGCACGGAUGAUGAUCUGAGAGAGGCUUUCGAAGCUGUGGAGCAAGAAAGGGAGCUGGAAGAGCUGGAAAAGGUAGGAGAGGAGCCCCAGGAGAAGGCCAAGUCAGUGGAGGAGGAGGAGGAAAUUCCUGCUGAGGUGAUAGCGGAGAGCAUUGCCUUGGCUCGGAAGCAGCAGGAAGAUAUAGGGGCAGGGCUGACCAACUCAGAGGUGGCCCUUUUUGAUGAUCCAGAGGCAGAACAUUCCACUGCCGCUCCAGCAGCUGAGGACCAAGUGGAACAAUCCGGAUCGGAGCCUGGGGAUCAGGCAGAACAAGUGGUUCCUACUCCUGAAAUUGUAGCAGGAGUGGCUGCUGUCGUUCCUGGGUUUGUGGUGGAAGCACAAAGAACUGCUGGGACUUUGGCGGUGAGGACCACCCCCUUACAGCCUCCGAUUGUUGCAAUGCCUAUUCAUUCUCUUGCAGGUUCAUCUGCCACGGCUUCUUUUGCUGACCCGGAGCUGGCAGAAUUUGAAGCCAUGGACCUAGAUGCCCAGCUGGAUAGGUUGGAAAAACUCAGCUCUCCUGUUGUUGAUGAAGGAUCUGGAUUGCUGCAUAGACAGAACAUGGCCCCAAGACCCAUUCUUGAGAUGAGUCUUGUCUUGGCAAGGGACGUGCUCAACCUUCACGAUCGUUAUGAAGACCUGAAGCCUACCUUCGAAACCUCUGAGUUCUGCAAGGCCACUCAUGAAGCCAACUUGGCUGAUUUUGCAAAGCAGAAGGCAGAACUGGACCAGAUGGUUGCGGGGUAUAAAGAAGCCAAAGCUGCUGGGGAUAAAUUGGAAAAAGAGAUUGCAGAACUUCAAAAGCAGCUGGCAGAGCGUCGGGAAGUGCAGCACAGGCUCGGGGCUGGAUUGAGUUCUAAGACCAAGGCUACUUUCCUUGUGCAGAACAUGGUUGCAGCUUCUAGGCCUGCCCUGGAGAUUGCAGAAGCUUCAAUUCAUCAGGGUGUGCUGCUCCAAAAGGAACUUUCUACCAAGAAGACUAACCUGCAGGAGACUCUUAGAAAACUAGGAUUUUAA